GUACUAUGGUAUAAUUUAGAACUGGUUGAGACAGACUUAGAUUUAAAAAUUGAAAAUGAUAACUUUUUACAAAAGUUUGUUUAUCUUAUAAGAAACGAAUCAACAUGGACAUGUGAUAUACUGUUUCCUUAUACUGGUACAUACAAACUUGUAUUUUAUGCCGGUAAAUAUGGCGAGCCACUACUUAAAGUACUUGAUUUUGAUAUCGAUUGCAAUGUUUGUCAUCCUGACCCUGUUCCGCUUCCGAUUAAUACUAGCGCUAUUGGCCUGGGACCUGGUCCGUUCAUGUACUUCUCUGGGCUAUCUCAUCCAUCAUGCAGAUCUGGAAUACUGCACAUCGUAUUGAGCAGACAUUUUCAGAUUAAAUUCCGGAUAGAUAAUAGAAUGUCUGAUUUAAUUUCCAUAAAAGCAAAUGUGUUGUCUUCAGAAGCAACAUCGAACCAUUCCGAGGAUUACGAAGUGACCAAUGAAAUAACCCAGUGUUGUUUAGUACAAAGGAGAACAUACAAAGAGGUAGUGAUUGACGUAUUCCCACCAGAAACCCCAGGACAGUACAUAUUGCAGAUUUGUACUGAAACGAAUGGAUAUUUAGAAUCGGAGACAAAAACGGCAUGUUAUUACCUGUUGAUCUACGAUGAACUUCCUUUGCAAGAAUCGCACGAGAACUGUGGUAUCAGAACAGCUCGUAAGAUGUUAAACACAUCAAUAGAAGGCAAGAACGUUAACGAAAUAUUAUUCCGUAUUCAGGACUGUGCCAGCAAGAAAAUAACAGAGGUUGACCUAGAUGUUCAGAGAGCUAGAGGAAAAGCUGCAAUUCUCAACAUUAAACAAAAAAAACUACACAGAGGUCGAAAAGUGGCUGUCGAUCCACGGCUGCAUCAUUCGAACAUAGUAAGACAAUCGGAAUAUGAAGCAAGAUUACAUAGACUUAUAAAUCUUCUAGAAAGACUGCUCUACUAUCUACAGCAUGGUGAUAGCUCAGAAACAUGGACAACUGUGAGCAGACCACAAUCAGUGAACAAGGAAACAGUCGAAAAGACUGAAACAGUUAAUCAAACAGUGAAUCUGCUGCUAACUUUAUUCAGCAAGUCAGAAGAGAAGGAAAAGGAUACUGUUUAUUUGAUUGAAGAACUCUCGAAAGACCUGAAACAGCAUGGGUUUAUUCUUUUACAAGAAGACAUUAGACGGACGAUGGAUUUAAUGGAAGAGUUCACAUUCAACCAUAGAGUAAAGAUUGCAUCAGACAUAUUCAAAUGUGUUAACGAGAUAGUAACAUUGCUGACUAGUGAAUGGAAUGCGUUAGAAAGAUAGUCAUAUUGAAAGAAACAACACCAUGACUGAACGGCAAAGCUGUUAUGUUUGUUCUGUUUUGUAGCUUACCUACAUUAAAC